AUGUCACCCCCCUCCUUCUCGGCCGCAAGGCCCCUCCUCCUUGUUGCCCCCCUUGUGUCUUCGACGGCAAGCCUCCUCUUCGCCUGGGACCAACACCUCUUCCUCUCGCUCCUGGCGCACCCGACAAUCGCUGAGCCCGUCACCGCGGGCCCCGAACCCCACGCCGGCACCAACGCCCUCCUCCCUCCCUACUUCCGACGCUUCUUCCGCCGCGGCCUCGGUCGGGUCGUCACCUUCCUCGCCGUCACCACGUGGUCGUCCCUCGGCGCCGUACACCACUUCGGACCGCUUCUGCGGUCCAAAGGCAGCCUGGGAUGGUACGUCGGCGCCGCAAGCCUGGCCGUCGGACAUCUCCUGUUCGUGCCCGCUGUGGCUUACCCUAUAAAGAGCAUAUCGGAGAAUGAAGGUGGCGGCGUCGAGGUCCCUGUCGAGGAUGCGGCGCAGAAGGAUGCUGCUGGUGGGGGGGGGCUGUCCAAUAUCGACCAUCUCAACCGAUGGCUUCGUGUCAACCUCGUCAGGACACUCACCACAGACACUGGUGCUUGGAUCUGCGCCGUCACCGCCGUGACCAAGACGUUCACCGCUUGA